GGCGGCAGCACUUGACGGAAACGUGUGCGUGCACUUGUACAUAACCUACCGGGUGGAUAUACCAGAAAUUUCCAGAAAUAAAUAAACAAAAUUAGGUGGAAGACAGAGAGGUUUGGAGCAGAUAUAAUUGAGUUUUGAAAGAGAGAAGAUCGUUGUGUGGACAGAUCAGGUUGAAAUGUCGGAAGAAAAGGUGUUGGUUAAUUGUUACAACCGAGGAUGCGGACAGAAGUUCGGUCCGAGUGACAAUAAAGAGGAUGCGUGCGUCCACCACCCUGGAACCCCCGUAUUCCACGACGCCUACAAGGGUUGGUCCUGCUGCAACAAAAAGUGCACAGACUUCACCGAAUUCCUGAACAUCAGAGGAUGCACGAAAUCCUUCCAUUCGAAUGAUAAACCCCCCGAGCCUGAGAAGCAGAAAGUCGACAAGUCGAAGGCCGACGAGGUCAUUGAGUACCGUCCACCAGUGAAUAAUCAUCCCACGUUGGAGAGGCCGGCCUUCGACGCACCCCAAGUGACAUUGACGCCGACAGUCUCGCCGACUCUCCUCGAUCAGAUAAAAGGGCUCACUGCCAAUGAAUCUUCGUCGCAGGAGCAUAAGAGGGUGCAGGUGGGGGAGAGCUGCAAGAAUAAGGCGUGCAAGGCUAGUUACAGGGGCCCUGAGUCUGACGACGAAGCUUGUGUUCAUCAUCCUGGGGUCGCGAUCUUCCAUGAGGGACUGAAGUUCUGGUCUUGUUGCCAGAAGAGGACGACCGAUUUCUCGGUGUUUCUGGCACAACCUGGGUGCACUCAGGGGAGUCAUGUCUGGAUUGCUAAGAACGAGGGUAAACAAAUUGAAUGUCGAAUGGACUGGCACCAGACAGGAUCCCACGUCGUAGUAUCAAUUUUCGCCAAGAAGUACAAUCCAAAUAAGUCGUCAGUUAAGCUGAAUCCAAUUCGACUAACUGCUAGUUUAUUUUUCCCUGAAGAAAAUUCGGAUUAUAAUCUUGAUGUGGAGCUUAGAGGGGUUGUCGAUGUUGCAAACAGCUCUGUCAGCAUGCUGCCCACUAAAGUAGAAAUAAAAAUGAAGAAAGCAGAGCCUGGCUCCUGGGCAAAACUCGAUUUUCCCCGAGAAGUGACGAAAAAAUUAGAAAAACCCCCUGAAAAUGACGAGAGCAUUGCAGAGCGAGUUGAUGCAGUCGAUCUCAGCGACCUUUGAGCUUAACUAAGUGAAUAGCAUCCUCAUGCUGCACAGUGAUAUAUUUCUAAAGACAUUGGUGAUUUUUUUUUAUGAAAGAAAAAAACUUUGGGACUAGAUAGAUGAUAGAUGAAUGCAUUGAGUUACAAUUUAUCCAUCAUCUUCACGAAAAGAAUGGAAUCAAUGGGAAUUGAAUACCACUCUUUUUAUGAGGGUAGGCAAUAAGGAACAGCAAAUUGUUGGAAGAGCUUAUUGAAUCGAGAAUAAAACUUUUCUGUGACCAUGACCAA